ACCACUGUGGGCAGCUGCACUCGACCGCCGCCGCGCCCCCCACCCGCACCCGGGUUUCGUGCCCGUCCGGGUGGACCCCGAUCUGGCUCCUCCCCCCCCCCGCGGAGGCCACCCCCGUCAUCUUCCUGUCCCCUUGGGCGUUAAGGGUCGCGCAGGGUGGGACAUGGGUGACCGGAAGUGAGAGCUGUGAGCGUCGCCGCCCGGGGCGCCGAGGCCCAAGGCGCCGUCGGGGCCACCGCGACGCCCGCAUGGAGAGCGCUGGGCGUCAGGCUGCGCACCGACGACUAACCGGGACGCACGGGAUCUGCGGGGCGGGGGCUUUGCAGAACCGAGUGGCCUCCCGGGGCGCGGGAACAUGAGACUUGGCCGGGAACUCGCUCCGGGCGAGGCGCGCGGCGCGCGGGCCUGCCCUGGUCGCGGGUGAACAGCGCGGAGCCCCGGGACUCGCCCGUCGUUGUCGGUGGCAGCAUGGUCUUCUGUCUGGAGAGCGAGGAGCCGCGCCGCCCGCUGCGAAGCGCCAUGGUCCACUUUCAAGCCUCGGAAGUCCAGCAGCUGCUACACAACAAGUUCGUGGUCAUCUUGGGGGACUCCAUCCAGCGGACUGUGUACAAGGACCUUGUGCUCCUGCUCCAGAGAGACUCUCUGCUCACAGCUGCCCAGCUGAAAGCCAAGGGGGAGCUGAGCUUUGAACAGGACCAGCUGGUGGCUGGGGGCCAGCUGGGCGAGCUGCACAACGGGACAAAGUACCGCGAGGUCCGCCAGUUCUGUUCGGGUUCUGGCCACCACCUUGUGCGCUUCUACUUCCUCACCCGCGUUUACUCUGAGUACCUCGAGGGCAUUCUGGAGGAGCUGACAUAUGGGCCUGCCCCGGACCUGGUGAUCAUCAACUCCUGCCUCUGGGAUCUCUCCAGGUAUGGCCGCUGCUCGAUGGAGAGCUACCGAGAGAACCUGGAGCGGGUGUUUGUGCGCAUGGACCAGGUGUUGCCAGACUCCUGCCUGCUGGUGUGGAACAUGGCAAUGCCUCUGGGGGAGCGUAUCACAGGGGGUUUCCUCCUACCAGAGCUCCAGCCCCUGGCGGGCUCCCUGCGACGGGAUGUGGUUGAAGGGAACUUCUAUAGCGCUACACUGGCGGGGGACCACUGCUUCGAUGUCCUGGACCUCCACUUUCAUUUCCGACAUGCAGUGCAGCACCGUCAUCGAGAUGGUGUCCACUGGGAUCAGCACGCACACCGCCACCUCUCACACCUGCUACUGACCCAUGUGGCCGAUGCCUGGGGUGUGGAAUUGCCCAAGCGUGACUAUCCUCCUGACCCGUGGAUUGAGGACUGGCCAGAGACGGAUCAUCCAUUCCAGGGAAGCCAUAGGCAGCUCCCAGACUUCGGGGAGCAGCUGGCCUUGCCCCUACCCCCUCCCUCUCCUUUGCCCCCUCCCAUGCCUUUUCCGUAUCCUCUUCCUCAGCCCUCACCACCUCCCUUGUUCCCACCCCUGCCCCAGGAUACCCCUUUUAUCCCAGGCCAGCCCUUCCCACCCCAUGAGUUCGUCAAUUAUAAUCCAAUGGAGGACUUCUCAGUGCCACCCCACUUAGGAUGUGGCCCUGGAGUGAACUUUGUGCCUGGCCCCCUGCCACCUCCACUUCCUGGCGCUAUCCCUCAUGGUCAGCACUGGGGCCCAGUAGUCCACCGGGGGAUGCCACGCUGUGUUCCCAAUAGCCCCUACUAUGUGCCAAGGAUGGGGGGUCCCUGCAGGCAGCGGCUCAGACACUCAGACAGACUGAUCCACACAUACAAACUGGACCAACGACCUUCUCCCCAUUCAGGGAUGUGGCCUGGGUAGCUGGAUCUUGGGCUGGGGCUGGAUGUGCCAAUGGCUCAGCAGCGUCUGCCUGGUACCCCAGGAGCUGGGCCAGGGUGUCUGCUAUGCUUGACA